GUUUCCGGGUUAGGAGCGCAAUCAAUUGACAGGCGUUGAGAGUGGCGACAGUAUGGCGGAGCGGGGAGGCCAAAAUAGUGAUGAUGAAUCCUAUGAGGUUGUAGAUCUGAGGGAGUAUUCAGGACAACACGCAUGGUGGGGCCGUGUUUUCGGACGUAAUUCUGGUCCAGUUGCAGAGAAAUAUUCUGUAGCUACUCAGUUAAUGAUGGGUGGUGUAACUGGCUGGUGUGCAGGCUUUGUAUUUCAGAAGAUUGGCAAGCUAGCAGCUACAGCAAUUGGAGGUGGAUUCCUUUUGAUGCAGGUUGCAAAUCACAGUGGCUACAUUAAAGUAGAUUGGAAGAGAGUUGAGAAAGAUGUAAAUAAAGCCAAACGACAAUUGAGAAAAAAAGCAAAUAAAGCUGCUCCUGAAAUCAACACCUUUAUUGAAGAGUCAGCUGAAUUUGUAAAGAAGAAUAUCGUGCUCACAAGUGGUUUUGUUGGGGGCUUUUUAUUGGGUCUGGCCUCUUAAAGAAUUUCCAACUAUGCAGACACAGUAACAACUAUGAAGACAAAACUACAGUUUGGUCCUGAAAGUAUACUGCACCAAACCAACAAUGCUAGCACGUCAGUAUUGCAGCUUCCCAAGGAACACUGGAAAGUUCAAGCCGCACAAUGAAAUAUUAAAAGGACAAAAAUAAUCAUCCUGCACUUUUGAUUUUAGUUAGUUGAACUAAUCUGGUAUAAUUUGUAUAGUAAGAAAAGCUUUAAAUUCAUUUUUGAGUUUUUUAUUUGUAUAUUAUUUUCUUGUCAGUUCAUGCUGUAAACAUCUUUACAAGCCAUAUAUACUGUAUUUUCUGUUGUUUAGACUUUUUACACAGUAUUUAAAACUUUAAAAAAGAAAUCUAAUUUAUAUAUAAAGAGCUUAUUAUGUCUAUCCGUAAUUUAGUCUGAGGCUCUGUCAUAUCUUUUCAAAAUGCAAGUCAAUUUUCUUAUUAAAUACUGCUUUUGAUUUUGAUAUUGAAUUUAAGCUCUGUCAAACAAGGAUAAUUUUGCAAAUAUUGUUUAUGUUUAUAGUCAUCCUAUCUAACCAGCUCUAUGUUUUAAAAUGGUUCCGGAAAAACACAGUUAAGGUCUCUUGCUACUGAAACUUUUGCAAUUAGUUUUGAUUGGCCAGAGAACUUAAAUUUUAAUUCUCAAUCUAGCUUGCUACAAACAGUGCUAUUUCAAAAAAUCUUGAGUUCUGCUGAUCUCCCUGGCUUUUAAAAUUAUUUGCUUGGAAAGUUUGCAACACAUCUUCAGGGCCUGACAAGAUGUCCCUUUAGACCUUGUGGGAGGCUAGUGCAGAAAUUGCAGGCUUCUUGGCAGUGAGGUUCCAGAGGAUUGGAGGAUAACUAAUAUUGUUCUGUUGUUCAAGAAGGGCUCAAAAAAUAAACCAGGAAAUUAUAGGCCAGUGAGCCUGACUUUAGUAGUGGGUAAAUUAUUGGAAGGUAUUCUGAAGGAAACGAUAUAUAAGUACAGUAGAAUCUCUUUAAUUGGGACAUAUCGGUACCAGUAAAUUAUGGCCUAAUUAGCCGAAGUUUCUUGGAAAUAGUUAAAAAGGUUAAAAAAAAUACAAACUACCGUUUAACUGAGUAACAAAUUAUGUAUUUAAAUGGAAUACAGAACAAAUCAGAACACCAACCAUGCUACUACAGUACUACUAAAUUGUGUAUUCCUCCUAAUAGUUAUUGACGGAGGAAUUCAUCCAGUGUACGCUGUCUUGUUCUUUUGAUUAACUGCAAAUGAACAAAAUCAGUGCAGACACCUAGUGUAGAUAAUGUACUGCCUGCAUCCAUUACUUUCAAUGAUUGUAUCUUUUAAAUCUUAGUUUUCAUUGCCGAUACCUUCAAAUUCUUUGUAGUUCCUAACUUCUUGCAGUAGUAAAAUCAUUUCAUUUUCACUCCUGGCCAUUUCUGGCAUCUCCAAGCAUGAAUGCUUGAAACCACAGUGAGCAAAUCAGUUCUGAAUUGUCAUAUUGCUUCCUUCUCGCCAACUAUUGGUGACAAAGAUCACUGUUUUUUGAACACAAACACAUACAACUAACAGUAUUUUAAAACUGUUUGCUCUAAGUGUGCAAUUGAACCUAGUUAGAAACUGCUCAACAACAGUCUCCUGUCCCAACUAAGCAGCUUAGUGUCCCAAAUAAAUGAAGGGAAUCCCGGCUAUUUUCUCAAUUAGUUUUUGUUUUUAAGAGUUGUCCCAAAUUUGGUUAACCACAAUCCACUACUUGGAUAGACAGUCCUGAUUAGGGAGAGUCAAAAAUGGCUUUGUGUGUGGUGGCAUGCACAAAAUGCUGGAGGAGCUCAUCAGGCCAGCCAGCAUCUGUGGAAAAGUUAUCAGACGUUUCUGGCCGAGAACCCUCAUCAGUCCUGAUAAGGGGUCUUGGCCCAAAACGUCGACUGAUUACUCCUUUCUGUAGAUGCUGCCUGGCCUGCUGAGUUCCUCCAGCAUUUUGUGUGUGUUGCUUGGAUUUCCAGAAUCUGCAGAUUUUCUUGACUUGUUUGUGGUGAGUUAUGUCUAUCCAAUCUCAAGAGAUUUUUUCAGGAGGUUACUAGGAAUAUUAAUGAUGGAAAGACUACAUGGACCUUAGCAAGGCCUUUGACAAAGUCUCACAUGGGAGCCUGGUCCAAAAGGUUCAUUUGCUUGGCGCUUAGGAUAAAAUAGUAAAUUGGAUUCAACAAUGGCUUAGUGGGAAGCUACAGCGUGGUAGUAGAUGGUUGCCUCACUAACUGGAGGUCUGUAUCUAGUGUUGUACUGCAUCAACUUGCCUUUAGAGUACUGUACUUAUUGGAGAAGACUCGUACAGAUUGGAUUUACUUACAUUUGGAAAAGAAUGGGCUAAGGGAUUAUCGGCAUGGUUUUGUGCAGGGAAAUCAUGCCUUACAUAGGACUGAGUUUUAUGAGAAUGUGCUGGGCAUAAUUGAUGAGGGUAGGGCAAUGGAUGUUGUCUACAUGGACUUCAGUAAAGUAUUCAGCAUGGUCUCUAAUGAAAGGCUAAUACAGAAGAUAAGGCACAUGGGAUUCAGAGAGACUUGCAUUUGACUUCUAAAGUGUAUUGAAAACUUAAGGAAAUUUAACACUACCUGCCAUUUCUCUUUCCAUAUUUCCAACUGAUCUGUCUUGUUCUGUAUCCUUUAACAAGCUUAUUCCAAAUGAGAGUAAAUCCAAUCUGUAAGAGUCUUCUCCAACUUUAUUGAUUUUUGUUUCAUAUUUCAAAGAGAGUUGAUAAAUAUGUUUGUUAAUUUGCAUUAAAUAGAACAUAAAAUGGUACAGCACAUUACAGACCCUUUGGCCCAAAAUAUUGUGCCAAGCCUUUUAUAAAUUCCAAGAUCAAUCUAACCUUUCCUUCCCACCACCUUCCAUUUUCAUCCUUUGCCUAUCUCAGAGCUUCUUAAAUGUCCCUUAAUGUAUCUGCCUCUACCACCACCCCUGGCAGUGCAUUCCACACACCCACUACUCUCUGUGUAAAACUCUUAGCUCUGAUGUCUCUGCCAUACUUCCCUCCCGAACACCUUGAGUUGUCCUCCCCCUGUGUUAGCCAUCUCCGCCCUAGGAAAAUGUCUCAGGCUGCUACUAAGUCUAUGCCUGUAAUCAUCUUUGUCAAGUAUCCUCCUUCACUCCAAAGUGUAAAGCCCCAGUUCACCCAGCCUGUCCUCAUAAGGCAUGCUCUCCAGUCCAGGCGGCAUCCUGCUACAUCUCCUCUGCACCGUUUCUAAAGCUUCCACAUCCUUCCUAUAACGAGAGGAUGAGAACUUAAUACUCCAUAUGUGGUCUAACCAGUGCUUUAUAGAACUGCGACAUUACCUCAUGCUCUUGAACCCAGUCCCUUGACUAAUGAAGGCCGACACACCAUACACCUUCUUAACCUCCCUAUCGACUUGUGCAGCAAUUUUGAGAGAUCUAUCGAUGUAAACCCCAAGAUGUUUCUGUUCCUCCACACAAUAAGAAUCCUAUCAUUAACCCUAUAUUCUGCCUUCAAUUUCAACCUUCCACUUCACACUUUUCUGGAUUGAACAUUUGCCACUUCUCAGCCCAGUUUGACAUCUUAUCAAUGUCCUGUUGUAACCUACAGCACCCUCCUAUGCUAUCCACAACAUCACCAACUCUUGUGUCAUCUGAAAACUUACUAAUGCACCUUCCCACUUCCUCAUCAAAGUCAUUUAUAAAAAUCACAAAGAGCAAGGGUUCCAGAACAGACCUCUGUGGAACACCACUGGUCACUGACCUCCAGACAGAAUAUGCUCCAUCUGCUACCACACUUCUGUGUGCAAGUCAAUUCUGAAUCGAUACCGCCAAGUUUCUGAUCCCAUGCCUCCUGAUGUUCUGAAUGAGCCUACCACGGGGAAUGUGUUGUCAAAUGCCUUAUUAAAAUCCAUAUAUACCACAUCUACUGUUCUGACUUCAUCGAUAUGUUUUCUUACUUGCUUAAAAAAAAUUGUCUUACAAAUGACCUGUCCCUCACAAAGCCAUGCUGACUGUCCCUAAUCAGACUGUGCUUCUCCAGAUACUUGUAAAUCCUGUCUCUAAGAAUUCUCUCCAAUAAUUUGCACACUACUGCGUAGGGCUCGCUGGUCUAUAAUUUACAGGGUUAUCCUGUUACCUUUCUUGAACAAAGGAAUAACAUCUGCCACCCUACAAUCCUCUGGCACUACUGUGGUCGGUGAGGACAUAAAGAUUCCCAUCAAAGACGCAGCAAUCUCUUAUCUCGCCCUCUGUAGUAAACUGGGUUAUAUCUUGUCCAGAACUGGGGACUUACCUAUCAUAAUGUUUUUCAAAGUUCCAGCGCAUCCACUUUCUUAACACCAACAUCUUCCAGCAUAUCAGCCUAUUCUACACUGACCUCACAUUAGUCAAGGUUCCUCUUACUGGUGAUUACCGAAGCAAAACAUUUAUUAAGGACCUACUUUAUUAUUUCCUGUCAAUCACCUUAUGUACAGCCUAGUGUCACUUUAUUGAUACACUAUCAAUCUACGUUUAUAAGCUAUCUUAAAUAUUUAUAUUUAUUGUGUUUUUUAUUAUUAUUAUUAUGUUCUUUACCUUUUUUUUGCACUGCAUCAGAGCCAGAGUAACAAUUAUUUUGUCUCCUUUACACUUGUAUACAGGAAAUGACAUUAAACAAUCUUGAAUCUUGAAUCCUUGCCUCCUCCAA